GUGCAGAGUAGGACGGCACAACCUACCUGAUCCCUGUGAUACCUGCCGAUUCGCUCUCUGGAAAUUAGAGCCGCACAAUGACUGCGAUCGCGCCAAUAGAAGACCCUCCGGCCGAAUCUCGGAACACUCAAAGUUCUCCGGAAGGAGAAGGAGAAGGAGGAAGGCAGCGCGUCUUCACCACUGUAUCUUUUUCCGCGGACCAAGUCGGCUUCAACACUGCGAUGGCCGGAAAGAACAAGCGAGAAAUGGAUUCGCUCCUGCGAGCCGGCUCCGUGGCCUCGGUGGAAAGCGGCAAACCUGGGAAUUCUUCGAACGAUUCUACGCCAGGAGACGAAGAAGCGCAUCACUCUCUAACCUCUAAUGGGCAGACAAUGAUGCAUCUUCUGAAGGGCAACAUCGGUACCGGUGUGCUGGCAAUGCCCUCAGCGAUCAAGAACGCUGGUCUCCUGGUAGGCUCGAUCGGGGUGGUCCUCAUCGGUGUCAUAUGCAUCCACUGCAUGCACAUGCUGCUAGAGUGCAAUCGGAUUCUAUCAAAAAGAAAAGGAGUCCGUUCUCUCGAUUUCGCCGGAGUUACUCGGGAAGCAGUGGCGACAGGACCCUACGCCGUCAGACCCUUCGCCAAACACGCCUCGAAAAUGAUCAACGGUUUCCUGAUAAUGACUCAAUUUGGGUUCUGCUGCGUAUAUUUCCUGUUCGUUGCUAAGAGCAUCGAAGAGAUCAUGAAGAACACCGUGGGACCCAGUGCUGAUUUCGGCACAAAAUUCUACCUCGCAAUGGUUCUCCCUGUGAUGAUUAUCUACAAUUUCAUCAGAAGUUUGAAAACUCUUUCCUACGCGAGUUCAUUCGCGAACGCCCUCCAGGCAGUUGGAAUGGUUAUGAUAUUCUAUAUGAUCUUCAAAGACGGUCUGCCGUCAAUCCACAAUCCCAAAGUGCACUUGACAGGCUCCUUGGCGGAGCUUCCGCUCUAUUUCGGAACUGCGAUCUACGCCUUCGAAGGAAUUGGAAUCGUACUCCCUCUUGAAAACGAAAUGAGACACCCGGAAGACUUCGCCGGAACGUUCGGCGUCAUGAACACUGGAAUGUCGCUCGUGGUCUUACUCUACACGGCCAUGGGCUUCUUCGGAUACCUCAAGUACGGGAACGACAUUCAGGACUCAAUCACACUGAACUUCAAAUCACAGGGUGCUCUGGGAGAAGCGAUCAAGGGAAUGUUCGCAGUGUCGAUAUUCCUGUCAUACGGGCUCCAACUGUACGUUCCGAUCAAAAUCAUCUGGCCCUGGAUCAAGGAGAAGCUAUCGCUGAGCAGCCGAUAUCCCGAAAGGCAAUUGGUCUACAUGGAAUGGGGACUCCGAACAUUGUUUGUGUUCUUCACAUUUUUCUUGGGCAUCAUCAUUCCAGACUUGAAAAUAUUCAUCUCGUUGGUGGGAGCCGUCGCGUCCUCAACUCUGGCUUUGAUAAUUCCGCCCCUCAUUGAGCUGUUCACGUAUUUCGACGAAGAUAUCUCUAAGAAGAAGUGGUAUUUAUUGCUCGCGAAGAACAUCCUCAUCAUGGCUUUCGGCAUCGCUGGCUUCUUGACGGGCACUACGAUCAGCGGCCUCAAAGUCAUCAAAUGUAUCACCGACAAAAAAUGUCCCGAAGAAGCGUGAUUUCAAAACAUUCCAUAUCAGAGUCACAUAAUCAAACGGCGACUCGAGCAAUCGUAAACAGUUCGGAAUCUGCGGUAGCAGCAGAUGGCCUGUCGUAAACUCUCAGGAUCGCUAGUCGUCGGCUCUGACUGAGCUGGGACCACAAUCCUGACGAGUUGACAGAGAAACCGAAGCUGAUCAAUGGCGAGAGGCCGCACCAGUCGCGGUCAUCGAGUUGCUUGUCACAAACGUAUAUUCCCCUUUCUGCUUGCAAUUGUUUCUUUGUGACUGUUACCAAUCACCGACUAAUUAUUACCAUUAUCAUCGAAUCAUCGUUGAUGUCGCGCUAUGUUAAGAGAACAAAGUUGCCGAUGAAGGUGAGAUUAUUAGACGAAUCAUUGGACCUCAGGAGCGACCGGAAGAUGCUGACGCUGACAAGCGUUCUCUGCCGAUCAACUCCAGAAGAUGCGAGGCGAUUCGAACAAGCUGUAAUAAUCGCAGACGGACUGUUUGCAUGAAAUGUUAUUUAUCGGAAUGUAUACCCAGCAUGAGAGUCAAUCUCUGCGUCCUGAAGAGUACUCUGAGGCCGGAGGAUGAGCUACUGCGUGAGAGCGGGUUUGUGAGCUGUUUCCUGUGAAUUGAUCAUGAGAAGGCUACUGAUGCAAUGGACUCUAUUUAAGUGAGAUUUAUUAACCUCGGCCGCUCCUUUCCCAAACGCGAUGCCCAGGCGGAGACGCGUCGAGUGCGAAUUUGUACAUAUUUAUGUUCAAAAUUCUUGGAAUUUCAGACACACUGUUUUAAUGUUAUUCUAAGUUAGCGUACUGAAUAUGUUCCACUUUAGCUAGUCUUCUAAUAAAUCCAUGACAUCAUCGACUUAUUUUGAGAAUGUCGAAUCGAUGAUGGCGAACCAAGGGUCAAUAAAGCUUUUGUCGAAUCAUCCAUAA